GUCUAAAUUUUAUGAAACGCGUCGGUGUUGUUGUGUUCGUUACGAGGAUUGAAUUUAUUUAGUACUUUUACUUUUAUAUUUAUAUAUAUAAAAUAUAACUCUAAAUCUAAUCUUAGGAAAUGUUGUGAAGAUUAAUAAAGCUGACAAUGUUUUAUCAUAUAUCUUUAGAGCACGAAAUUUUACUACAUCCCAGAUAUUUUGGACCCCAAUUGUUGGAUACUGUCAAGCAAAAGUUAUACACGGAAGUAGAAGGAACAUGUACAGGAAAGUAUGGUUUUGUCAUAGCUGUAACCACAAUAGAUAGCAUUGGUGCUGGUCUCAUCCAGCCUGGGCAGGGGUUUGUGGUGUACCCUGUUAAAUACAAAGCCAUAGUGUUCAGACCAUUUAAAGGGGAGGUGCUGGACGCUAUUGUUACACAAGUGAACAAGGUUGGCAUGUUCGCACAAAUCGGACCACUCAGCUGUUUUAUUUCACACCAUUCCAUACCUGCAGACAUGGAGUUCUGUCCCAACGUGAAUCCCCCGUGCUACAAGAGCAAACAAGAGGACAAUGUCAUCCAGGAGGAAGAUGUUAUUAGACUGAAGAUCGUGGGCACCAGGGUAGACGCCACGGGCAUUUUCGCAAUCGGAACCUUAAUGGACGACUAUUUAGGAUUAGUAACACAAUAAUUCUUUACACAUGUAAGCAUAAGUAUAUUUAUUAAGGAUAUAAAUAUGAAAUAAAAAAAAAACAAAUUACUUGUUAUUAUUUAUUUGGCAUUCAAAUAAUAGGGUAAAAUUCCAUACAUAAUGUAACAAAAACAAUCCAUCAAAAAGAAUAAAAUAUUUGGACACUCUCAGUCUAUUUGGGCAGUAUAUAAUGGGGUCGUUUACGCAACCUGUCGAUUCACGAUUGUUAAUCCUAUGUCAUUACGCCUUAAAACUAGAAAAAAUUAUUCAAUAAUUAGAUAUUGUCUAGUCUAAUUAGUGCACAGUUCUUACAUGUAGAGUAGAUGUGUAGAAUUCAUCUGAAUAGUCAAAAGAUGUAAGGAGCUAUUGUGAAAAGCAUAGACCGAAUAAAUAUAUUGCUGAAUGCCAAACACUGCAAUAAUUUAAUAUAUAAUUUCAGCUCUAAUGUAUAAGAGAAAUUCACGUCAAUGAGUAUGCUAUUUUUAUUUAUCUUAGUCAUUAUGUACAACUUUUCGAAAUGGGACACAAUAAAAAGAUACAAAAAAUAAGGACAAUUCAAAGUGACAAUCCAAGUCUUUGGUUUAUAAA